UAAUUUUACUUAUUAGAAAAUAAUUAUUGUUAAGUAAAAGAAACCAUGGAAGAAGCUUUAAUCAUUAUUGCCAAGCAGGAAGUUGAAGGGGCAGCUUUUGCUUUAUAAAUACAGCAGAGACUUCUCUGCAUUGUCGACCUCUCUGCAUUGUCUCUGCAAAAACUCACUGGUUGGUUAGGAUUUUGUGUACACUAUAGGCAGCACAGAAAUGGCUUACUCUUCCUCCUCCUCUUUGUUUACUUAUUUUACGUUGUUGUUUCUUGUUCUGUUUUCCACUCAACUUCUGGGCGCCGCCGCCAAGCACUACCCUGUCCGCCACCGCCAUAUUGCCUCUCACAACUACAGAGAUGCACUAACCAAAUCUAUUAUGUUCUUUGAGGGACAGAGAUCGGGGAGACUUCCUCCUAAUCAAAGGAUUACUUGGAGGAGAAACUCUGGGCUUUCAGAUGGCUCUGCUGCUCAUGUUGAUUUGGUGGGUGGGUAUUAUGAUGCAGGGGAUAAUGUGAAGUUUGGGUUUCCAAUGGCAUUCACUACCACCAUGCUUUCUUGGAGUGUCAUUGAGUUUGGUGGUCUUGUGAAAGGAGAGUUGCAGAAUGCAAAAGAAGCCAUUCGCUGGGCUACAGAUUAUCUUCUCAAAGCCACUGCUCAACCUGACACCAUUUAUGUUCAGGUGGGGGAUGCAGGGAAGGACCAUGCUUGUUGGGAGAGACCUGAGGACAUGGAUACUCCAAGAAGUGUGUUUAAGAUAGACAAAAAUACCCCAGGCACUGAAGUUGCAGCUGAAACAGCUGCAGCUCUUGCAGCAGCCUCUUUAGUCUUUAGAAGAAGUGACCCCACUUAUUCUAAGCUCCUUGCCAGAAGGGCCAUCAGGGUGUUUGAGUUUGCUGAUAAGUACAGAGGUUCUUACAGCAAUGGUCUGAAACCAUAUGUCUGCCCUUAUUAUUGUGAUUUUUCUGGAUAUCAGGAUGAGCUAUUGUGGGGUGCUGCUUGGUUGCACAAGGCCACCAAGAAUCGAAUGUACCUCAACUACAUUCAAGCAAAUGGACUGACCCUUGGUGCCGAUGAAUCUGACAAUACAUUUGGUUGGGACAACAAGCAUGUUGGGGCAUUGCUUGUUGGAAUUUAA